UGGCGGUGUGGAGCGCCGAGCUCCGGGACCGCGCGGGCCGAGCGGCGGCUGCUGGUGGGCGUCAUGAGCUUGGCUGGGGGCCGGGCCCCCCGGAAGACCGCGGGGAACCGGCUUUCGGGGCUCCUGGAGGCGGAGGAGGAGGAUGAGUUCUACCAGACGACCUAUGGGGGUUUCACGGAGGAGUCGGGAGAUGACGAGUACCAAGGGGACCAGUCGGACACAGAGGACGAGGUGGACUCUGACUUUGACAUCGACGAGGGGGACGAGCCAUCCAGUGACGGGGAAGCCGAAGAGCCGCGGCGGAAGCGCCGGGUGGUCACCAAAGCCUAUAAGGAGCCCCUCAAGAGCCUGAGGCCGCGGAAGGCCAGCGCCCCCGCCGGCGGCUCUCAGAAGGCCCGAGAGGAGAAGGCGCUGCUGCCGCUGGGGCUGCAGGAAGACGGCGCCGACAGCCGGAAGUCCAUGCGUCAGUCCACGGCGGAGCACACGCGGCAGACGUUCCUGCGCGUGCAGGAGCGGCAGGGCCAGUCAAGGCGGCGGAAGGGGCCCCACUGCGAGCGGCCCCUGACCCAGGACGAGCUGCUCCGGGAGGCCAAGAUCACGGAGGAGCUCAACUUACGCUCGCUAGAGACGUACGAGCGCCUCGAGGCUGACAAGAAGAAGCAGGUUCACAAAAAGCGGAAGUGCCCGGGGCCCGUGAUCACCUACCACUCAGUGACUGUGCCGCUUGUGGGGGACCUGGGCCCCAAGGACGAGAACGUCGACGUGGAAGGACUCGAUCCUGCGCCUGCGGCUUCAGCGUUGACGCCUCGUGCUGGGGCCGGGCCCGUCGUCCCUCCUGCUCGCUGCUCACGAACCUUCAUCACUUUCAGUGAUGAUGCCACUUUUGAGGAAUGGUUCCCCCAAGGGCGGCCCCCAAAGGUCCCUGUCCGGGAGGUCUGCCCAGUGACGCACCGCCCAGCCCUCUACCGAGACCCCGUCACAGACAUCCCCUACGCCACCGCCCGGGCCUUCAAGAUCAUCCGCGAGGCCUACAAGAAGUACAUCACUGCCCACGGGCUGCCGCCCGCCGCCUCGGCCCUGGGCCCUGGCCCACCGCCGCCUGAGCCCCUCCCGGGCUCCGGGCCCCGGGCGCUGCGCCAGAAGAUCGUCAUCAAGUGAGGAGAAGCCCAGUCCUCAGACCCCUGCUCCUGCCCCACUGGCUCUGGUCCCGCCAGCCAUUGCCACAGCUUCCCUGCCCGGCCCCUCGCUCCUACUGGUUUUAUUCGUGUUUUUUAACCUAAUAAAAUAGAGAGAUCCCCCGUCUGGUGUCUGCUCA